UAAUUCUGCAGUUUUCAAAUGGUUUAAGUACCAGUUGCAUCAUUAGCAGUUGUCUUUCUUUUUUGGGGAUGUACCAGGCGGACGUCCUCCCCAUGUGACGGCUGCAGAAAGUGCUCAUGAGAACUGUAUCUCAACGCCUGAGAGCCCUCAAGAGUCGCCUGUCCAUGAGGCUCCGCUGUCGCUCCGGCCGAGACCUGCUGCUCCUGGUGGCCCUCUUCACCUGCCUCACCUGUUACCUCAGCUACGUAGGCUCCUUCCUGCAGAGCUCGAUCCCUACAGAUGGCAGCAGGUCGGGUACCAUCGGCAGCAGCGCCCUCAAACGGAGUAUCCUUUCUCAGCUGACGUCACAAGAGAAAGGGGUACCAUCCACCUCUACGAGUCCCCCGUAUCUACAAGCAACAUCUUUCGAUUAUCGGUUGGAGAAACUGUUGGAGGAGAUCGAAAACCAAUCGCUACGUGCGCUGAGGCAACAGAGGAAGACUGCCAUCGUCCGCGGCCAGAAGAAUGUCGUCAGCAGAGAUCUUCCCUUGUUUCAAAGGACGUUGGAGAGGCAUGGCAUACAAAUACAUAGGCCGCCCUGGUACCGGAAACACAGACUGGCAGACAGGAACAGCACAGUUUACUUUGUUAUGGAUCAGCCUGAGAAAUAUAUGCAAAGUCCCGAGGAAGAAGAACCCUCCGAUUGGCUGAUGCUCCUGUGUAUGGCUUUCUCCGAUGGAGAUCCCAGUUCUUGUUUCGAUUGGAGAGAACUUGCAAACCUGAGGCCCUACACCUGGGUCAAUCGAAUUCCAGGUAUUCGAACUGUGUUGUGGCAAAAAGACUCCUUAUGCGUUACAACCAGCUCUGCAAAAGCAUUAUCUAGUUUGAAGGACAUGCCACCGGCUCCCAAGUGUUUCGUUCUGCCAAUGCAAUACCAAGAGUUUGUGAAUAUAGCCGAAUCGUUAGGUUACUCCAGCCAGUGGUUGCUCAAGCCCCUUCAGACGGGCACCGCCUCCGGCCCUAGAUUAGUUGACGUAUUUUCGCCAGUUGGACAAGCAGAAAUUGACGAAUUCAGCAGGCGACGCGCAGUAGCACAAGAAUUAGUCAGUAAUCCCUUCAACGUUUUUGGCCAGCCCGUCAGCAUCCGGCUGUACGUCCUAGUCACCUCCAUGUUGCCACUUAGAGCUUACGUCCAUUCCCAAGGCAUCGUCUACCAUCGUUACAACGAGAGCAAGAACUUCAAAAAGAUUCCUGGUCGAACUUGGCCUCUCUCUCAGUUCUGGCAAUACGUUUCGAAGAACUACGGCUUCGACUCCGUGGCGUCAGCGAUCAAUCAUGUUCAUCAAACUUUAGUUCAUCUUCUUCUGUUAGCAGAAUUAGCCGUGGUUGCCUCUCCUCCCGAUGACGUAGUCGCAGCGCAAGGGAAUCACAGGAGAUUCAAGUGUUCUCACUGCUUCCAGCUCCUGGGCGUGGACGUGGUCCUGAACGGCAGCCUCCGUGCCUCCGUGCUCGAGGUGAACGGACAGCCGAGCGUCCAGGCCUCUUCCAGGCCGGAGGAGCUCUUCCUCAACAGCGUCAAGGAGGCCGUCGUCGAGGACACCGUCGCCAUGCUCCUCGCCAGCACGCCCGUCGCCAGUCAAGUCGCCAAAGCCCUCGCCAAAGUGGCCCGAGAAAACGUCGGCAUACUGGGUGUAAAUUGCCGUGUGAGCCACGAUUUGUGUCUCAGUCAUCAAGAUUUACUCUUUUUGCUGCAGUCCAGGAGAGAAACGCUCAAUGCUGGUGGAUUCAGGCAGCUGUACCCUUCCGUCCAAGGUGAUCUCUAUGGACCAGUCAUUGAUGAUAUUCAGCAGCAUUUGAAUGAGCAACUAAAAGUAUCGGCGAACGGCGAAAAUAUUUCGUCAUCAUACAAAACUGCCCACUUGCGCCAUCUAGUAACAGGACUUGAAAAGUAUUUUGGACCCCAAAAGACGUUGGAGAAUUUCGUCGAAGAAGAUAUGAAGCUAGGAGGUUGUUGCCGCAAAUCGAAUUUCACUGAGCAAGUUAGACACUGGAAUUACGGUCGAUUUUCGGAUGUCAAAGAGCCUUAUAUACCAAGCUGUAGUGAUGAUCCCACCACAAUGCCUUACCUUUCUGGAAUCUCCGUCUUUCCUCCCCUCGGUCUUUCGCCCGUUUUCAACCCUUUGGUGACGGAUUACCGUGCCAACGUCAGUUACGAUCAGCUCAUGGUAAGACUGUCGGCGCAGGCGCAGAACUGCCAAACUGAAGUCCGGAUCGAUGACAAGUAUGGACCCACCAGGACGACGAACUAUACUUUGGGAGUAGGCGAAAAUAGGAUCACCUUCCUGGUGGUGGACAUCACUCACACUGAGCCUUGGGUCAUAAACACUUACAACCUUGUGAUUCAUCGACUCACCUUAACCCUCGGAGAACCGCCAUUCGAUCCAGCCCUCACCCACCAAGUCUGCAGUUUGCAUCAGGAGUGCGAGAUGCGGGUUUCCCCCACAGAGCUUUGCGGUAUACAAAGGGAUGCCGGUAUCUCACGCGACUGGGUCUCUUAUACUGCCGAAACAGCUGGUUUGCCCAUAUGUCAGAUUGGUGAUGCACCCGGUCGCUGGGUUUUGCCAUGUCGCUCUUGUGCAGAUCGAAGUACAUGUUUCUGGAGGGAAGCAGUAUGGCAGCCCUAUGGUUGCAGGCACGUAGUACUGUCCACAGAUCAGCUGAAACAGUGCUUGGCUGGAAAGAAGUUGAUGUUUAUUGGCGAUUCUACAAAUCGAGGCAUGAUGCAUUACGUCAUUGAGAGACUCAACGGCAGUUUGAGUGAAUGGGACAAGACUCACGACAUCCGAGUCUACACAAAUGUCAAUGGAGGCCGCACCGCUGUCAGCUUCGCUUAUUAUCCACAGUUCUGGCUGCCCACCAAUCAGAGACCUGUUUUCGACAAAGCACUUUACCACCUGAUACAAAAAUCGCGCCCCCUGGAGAACAAUUCUAACACCAUCUUGAUUGUGGGCGGUGUGCAGUGGUUAGCGACGCAACACCUACUAAUGAUGCUUCGUGCAUUGAGAGUAGAACGCCUUCAAGGAAUAAGCUUGGUGAUGAAGACAUUGGGUGCUGGAUUUCAUUUACCUGUGGAAGGAGUUCAUACUUUAUCAAUGGAUGAGCAGAGAAAGCUUCUUCUGCACAGCAUGGGCUUAGCAGAUUUUGCCAAACACUACAACUUCGAAGUGAUAGACACUUUUAACAUUACCGUGCCAAGAUACAAAGAUUUUCUACAAGGGAAGUGCGCUUGUCACUUCCACAGGGUUGUAAAAAUUCCGUCUGUUGAUGAUAAUUUUCCACGAUGGAGGACCCGAAGACAGACCGGACCUGGUUCUAGUCGCCACACGAGGUUCCACGUGGAAGGCCCCAUCAAUUCUAUUUACAGUGAAAUAUUGCUCAGCCGGAUUUGUUCCGGAUUUCAUUUGAACACGUGA